ACAUGAAUAAACACGGUGCGGUCCAGAGGGGCAGAAGGGAGAAGUGAUGGAUCUUGCUGGUGAGGAAGCUGGUAUGUGGUUGGUGUCCAGAGAAGGCCUCAAAAAGGAGGAGAAGCUUCUGGGGAGCCUUGGAGGAUCAGGAGGAGUUGGCCAGACCAGAUAGGGUUGGAUGACUGCCUGCAACAAUAUGUCCACAAGUUUGAACGGGAGAAGAUCAAUGGCGAGCAGCUGCUGCAGAUUUCCCAUCAGGAUCUGGAGGAGCUGGGGGUCACACGGAUCGGACACCAGGAGCUUGUGUUGGAGGCUGUGGACCUUCUCUGUGCACUGAAUUAUGGCCUCGAAACUGAUAAUAUGAAGAACUUGGUUCUGAAACUGAGAGCAUCCUCCCACAAUUUACAGAAUUACAUAAGUAGCCGGCGGAAAAGUCCCGCUUACGAUGGAAACACCUCCCGCAAGGCCCCCAAUGAGUUCCUGACCUCCGUGGUGGAGCUCAUCGGCGCCGCCAAGGCCCUGCUGGCCUGGCUGGACCGGGCUCCGUUUACAGGGAUCACUGAUUUCUCAGUCACGAAGAACAAAAUUAUCCAGCUUUGCUUGGACCUGACCACUACAGUCCAGAAGGAUUGCUUUGUAGCAGAAAUGGAGGAUAAAGUUUUAACUGUGGUCAAGGUUUUAAAUGGCAUCUGUGACAAAACAAUUCGAUCUACCACAGAUCCUGUGAUGAGCCAGUGUGCAUGUCUGGAGGAAGUUCACUUACCAAACAUUAAACCUGGGGAAGGCCUGGGCAUGUACAUCAAAUCAACCUACGAUGGGUUACACGUGAUUACUGGAACCACAGAAAAUUCUCCUGCAGACAGAUCUCAGAAGAUUCAUGCUGGUGAUGAAGUCAUUCAAGUUAAUCAGCAAACUGUGGUGGGAUGGCAGCUGAAAAAUCUGGUGAAGAAAUUGAGAGAGAAUCCCACAGGAGUUGUGUUACUGCUUAAGAAGCGCCCCACUGGGUCUUUCAACUUUACUCCUGCUCCCCUGAAAAACCUACGGUGGAAGCCACCUCUUGUACAGACCUCACCUCCACCUACGACAACCCAGUCCCCUGAAAGCACUAUGGAUACCUCGCUGAAGAAGGAGAAGUCAGCCAUCCUGGAUCUUUAUAUUCCUCCUCCGCCAGCUGUUCCCUACUCUCCCCGGGAUGAGAAUGGCAGUUUUGUUUAUGGAGGGUCCAGUAAGUGCAAACAACCACUGCCUGGUCCUAAGGGUUCAGAGUCCCCGAAUUCCUUCUUGGACCAGGAAAGCCGGAGACGAAGAUUUACCAUUGCCGACUCAGAUCAGUUGCCUGGUUAUUCGGUGGAAACCAACAUUCUGCCCACAAAAAUGAGAGAGAAAACACCAUCUUAUGGCAAGCCACGGCCUUUGUCCAUGCCUGCUGAUGGGAACUGGAUGGGGAUUGUGGACCCUUUUGCCAGACCUCGAGGUCAUGGCAGGAAAGGGGAGGACGCCCUUUGCCGGUAUUUCAGUAACGAGCGGAUUCCCCCGAUCAUCGAAGAGAGCCCCUCUCACCCAUACCGGUUCUCCAGACCCACGACCGAGCGGCAUCUGGUCCGGGGUGCGGACUACAUCCGAGGAAGCAGGUGCUACGUCAACUCAGAUCUCCACAGCAGCGCCACGAUUCCGUUCCAGGAGGAUGGGACCAAAAAGAAAUCGGGCUCCUCAGCUACGAAGUCCUCCUCCACAGAACCGUCCCUCCUGGUCAGCUGGUUUACGCGCCUGAAACUGUUGACUCACUGAGAGGGACCCUGCUCAGGCCACCUGCCUGGCUCCUGCCCCAAGUGCCUUGCUUUUACAGUGGACAGCCUGUUCCCAUUUCAGCCUCAGUAUUAUGUAGUGACCUUAUGUAAUUUCUUUUUUUUUUUGAAAAGUUAUCUACUGCCCUUCUUGGAAGUUUGCUGGAUUGGAUGGGAACAAAUUCAGAGGAUCUUAGGUGCUGGCUUGUGGAGACAAAAGGAGGAAAAUGGGUAGAGCCUGUUUGUCUU